GCUCGCCUCCGUCCACGGCGGCCGCGCCAGCGUCGCGGGCGGCCUCUCCGCGGGGGCGGCGGCGGCGGCGGCGGCGGCGCUGGUGGCGUGCUCGCAGUCGGGGGCGGCCGGCGUUGAGGAGGAGGAGGGGCUGGGCGGGCGGUGCGCCGCACGCGCGCAGGCCCACGUCUCCGAGGUCAAGCCCGCUGCGCCCCUCCUGGUCUUCCAGACAAGGGUGCGGCAGGUCGUCAGGGGCGGCGAUGUCAGGAACGCCAGCGAUUGGGUGCUCCAGGACCUGGCCCUGGACCAGGGUGGCAACCUCUGCUGCACCGGCAAGAUGGCCGACGCCGUGUGCUACACACGAGAGGACCUCGCGAAGGCAUCGGUGGAGGCUCUACCAGAGGAUGCCGCAUGCAUGCCAUUCUGUUUCUGUGUCCAAGUGCCGGGCUCCCAGCCGAUGUUCUUCGCAGCAUCCUCGUCCGCCGUCCGGAAUUUGUGGAUACAGGAAUUGGCCAGUGUGGCGCAGACGGCUUCGGCCUAG